AUGCCUCCACCGCGGGCUUCACAGCGAGCGGAGGCCUCGACUGCCCGAAACGAGGCCACCCAACAGCAACAGCAGCGAGAACAACCACAACCGCCGCAGUCAACUAGAAACUUAGGACCGCAUCCACGACCCUUGCAUGAGAGGAAUUUGGAUGCUAGCCCCACGGAGAUGACAAACAUCGUCACGCGAAACGUCGUGGUGCUCGAGGAGUUCUACAGCCGCCCCCGACUUACUGUAACUGCCCCCCCACGUGUCAUCGCCGCCCCCAUCCUUGACCGGAAGGAGUGGCUCAGCCCCCUAUGUGUACCAUGCUUCUGCACGCGCGGCAACGGUAUAGUGGGGAACGACGCCCACUCCAUGGAUAUAGUGACUAUGAUGGCUCGGGGAAAGACAAGCCCGAUGGCGUCGCCGGAGCCGCAGUGCUCAACGGUGAGUGGCCACUUCUUGUGGCGCUUCUUCUGCCUGCGNGACAAGCCCGAUGGCGUCGCCGGAGCCGCAGUGCUCAACGGUGAGUGGCCACUUCUUGUGGCGCUUCUUCUGCCUGCGCUGCAGUAUCGCGGAGCAGACACGUAUCCUCUUUCGUGA